AUGAAGGUGCUCACCAUAGCAUUGCUUCUCACCAUACUACAGUGUUCAUGUGCUGUGAAUCCCAUCAACUGCAAUGACACUGAGCCUGUGGCAGAGAAAGUGCUAGACUUGAUCAAUAAAGAUCGCUGGAAAGGCUAUCUUUUCCAAUUGCUGCGGGUUGCUGAUGCCUACUUGGAUAGAGAGGGAUCUGCAACUGUCUAUUACUUGGUCUUAGAUGUGAAAGAAUCUGACUGUUGGGUCCUAUUCAGGACACACUGGGAUGACUGUGUCCCACCUUCAAGAAGUCCAUCUGAUAUUGUGAUUGGACGAUGUAAGGUAAAAGCUACAAAACACUCAAAUGAAUCUCAGGAACUACAAGUGAAUGACUAUAACUGCACUGUAAGUUCAGUCGCUUCAGCACUGAGCAAUAACAAAGACAGUCCUGUACUCAUCGAUUUCUUUGAAGAUACUGAAGUCUACAGAAAACAAGCUGACAAAGCCCUUGAUGAGUACCAAAAGCAGAACCAUGACUUUUCCUCUUUCAGAGUGGACCAAGUAGAAAGAGUCGCAAGAGUGAGAGGAGGAGAAAGAACCAAUUAUUAUGUGGACUUCUCUGUGAGGACCUGCUCCACACACCAUUUCCCCAGACAACCUAAUGUCUUUGGUUUCUGCAGAACAGUUUUUUCCUAUAAUGUAGAAGCCUCUGACUUGGAAACCCCAGAACACCUUGAUGUGAACUGUGAAGUCUUCAGCUUUGAGGAGCAUGCAAAUGUCAGUGAUGUGGGACCCCAUCCAGGCCACCCUCACCACUUUGGUGGGCAUAACCAUCCUCAUGCUGGCAAACAUUCAUUUAAGUCCAGUGGAUCCAGAGAACAUCAUCAUCCCCCAAGGCCACAUAAACAUGGAUACCUGACUCCCCCAGAAGAAUACCAUAACUCAAAUGGAUCAGCACUUCAAGAAGGAAAUCCUCCACCAUGGCCACCUAGAGGGUCAAAAUGUCAUCACUUUCCUUUUGACACCAAUGACACCCAUAUACCCCCUCAUAAUCAGAGUUCCAGUAAACUCCAUGAACAAAAUUCUCAUGAACACCACCCCCACGGACACGGUCCCCACAGACAUGGUCCCCAUGGACAUGGUCCCCAUGGACACGGUCCCCAUGGACAUGGUCCCCACGGACACGGUCCCCAUGGACAUGGUCCCCACGGACAUGGUCCCCACAGGCACGGUCCCCAUGGACAUGGUCCCCAUGGACAUGGUCCCCACGGACAUGGUCCCCACAGGCACGGUCCCCAUGGAUGCCAUCCUCAUGGACACCAUCCUCAUGGCUCUGAUGAUUUCCAUGACCAUGAGCCCUGUGAUCCACCACCCCAUAGGCAAGGUUUCCAUGGUCACCGUUCCCAUGGCCAUGGCCCACUACACGGUCACUCAGGAGAAAGAAGUGAGGGUAAAGGAAACCUUCCUUUUCAUCGGCCACAAAUUGGAAAUGUCUACCGACUCCCUCCACUGAACAUCAAUGAAGUUCUUCCUUCUCCUGAAGCCAAUUUCCCCAAUUUCUCACCCUCAAACUGCACAUGUCACUCACAGCCCAAGAUCCAACCUUUCCCUCAGUUAGCCUCUGAAUCGUGUCCAGGGAACUUCAAGAGCGAGUUUUCACACAUUGCUAAGUUUUUUUGAAUACGCAUCCUCAAAAUAAAAUCUCAUUCCCUGAUGAGAAAAAAAUGAAAAAUGUUCUGAAUUACAGCCAUAGAUAAAAAUGAGCCAUAAUUAUGUGAAAAGCAAUGUACUCAUUAUCUGACGUAUGUACCUGUGACCCCUCUGUAUAUCGCCUGUAUAAUAACAAUAUUUUAAAUCAAGAAAAAAAGUGAGCUGUAAUAAAUGAAAAUUGCAGUUA